AUGUCAGGCUGCAAAAAUCAUCUGAAGUUCAAGCACCAGGUUGAGAUAGCAGAAUCAUCCCAUUUGAUACACCAAAUGAUGACCCAAAAGCCUCGGUCACGUCCGAUUGACCAAGAGGAGUGCCUUCUCUGCAGACAAAAGCCUGCCACUACGAAAAGAUCAUUCUUGAAGCACGUGGGCAGACAUAUGGAGGAUAUCGCUCUCAUGGCGCUCCCUGUAGCUGAUGAUGGCAGUGAAAACGAGGACUCGGAUGAUAAUGAGGACAGCCAAAUAAGCCUGGAGGAAGUAGCCGCCCAAACUAUGGCACGCAAUAUGUUAUACGGUCCAGAAGACUACCCUGACGAAUGGCAAUUUCUGGAGCAGCUGCAAGGGCGCAUUCCAUAUGAUAUUGACUUCACAUCUGAGGCAAUGUCCAAAGCAGUCGAAGUGAUCUCCAAUAUGCGCUCCGGCCCUCAGAUGGCAAAAGAACAACGGGAAGGAGUUUUUGGUGGCCUUCUAGGAAUCUUAGGCAUUCUGCAUCCUACUCAACCUAUUCUCUCACACUGUGAACACUUGUGGGCUAAGAUCGAUCCACAGCCUGAUCAACAUCAGCACACAGGCCAAGCGAACAAAGAUUUCUCGCGAACUCAGCUUGAAAAUGAUACUGUACCAAUACCCUCUGAACGACAGCCAAGCGAGAGCCCUUUUGAUGGACAGCAGUGGACCGCUAUCCAAAAGCCUAGAGUGACGAGCGGCUUUGGGUCUGUACAAGAAAUGACUGACUUCCCACAAUACGUAAAGCAUCUUGGGACUGACUUCCAAGAAAUCGCUGUAUCAAUGGGAACGAAAACUCAACAAAUGAUCCAAAAUCAUUACUUCAGGGAGACCGAUGCAGCAAGGGGUAAGAGUGGAAGACAGCUACAGGAGUAUGCAAAGGUCGCAGACGGAAAGAGGUAUAAAGAUAGGAAGUUAGGCCCGUUGCCUACCCCAUUUUUCCCUAACCCCUGGUCGCCAAAAGAACUUGAUCCAAAUACUAUUCGCGAGAAUCCCAAGAAUCCCACAUCUGAAAAUUUAGAAGAUACUGAUGAAACUUUUCUGAGCGGACUUCGAGAAGAUGCUCGGCUAGGUCAUUCCAGCCCCUGGCAGUCGUAUGAAACUCCAGUGCCUAAGUCUCGGAGGAGCUUUCAGGUUGGAGCUCCGAAGACGAAAGAUGCUUCUACAGUCAAUGCUCCGCAUUCUGAUUGGAACCAAAGUAAGGAAAGGAUAGAUAGUCUGAAGCCAAUCCAACAGAAUAGAUCUGGACAUUUUGACAAUAGUGUACAACCAACGUCGACGAGAAAAAUGUUUUUUGUUCCUGUCGACGAUAUCGACAAGAAUGUGAUUGAACAACAGGUACGGUUGAUGCUCGGCAAAGAUGCAGAGGUGUCGCAUUGGAAGACCAAGGGUCAUUUGCAAUAUAUGAUCAGAGCUGAACAUCCUUUCACAAAUGAUCAAUUAGAAGACCUCAAGGCCAUGUCAAAAGAUCAUCAAGCGGGGAAAAGGCGAGGUUCUCACCCGGAUUAUACAUUCAAGCGAGAUCCUGUGACGAAACAGCUGACACAAGUUUCUUUUCCGUACCUAAUGAAUCAACAAGCAAGCCAAGAAUACGAAGCACUGCCAUCGACAGAUCGAUCAUUGCCUGCAUUUAAACAACCAGCAGAUAUGCAAUCUGCUAAAAACGUAGAGGAGUCAGAUUUUGAGAAAUCACCAUUCAGACCUGAUUCCAAAUUUACAAAUGAAGCGGGCACGACGGACUCGUCCUAUGGCUCUCCGCAAGUUGUAGCGCCGGGAGACGUUCUAGUAAACUAUGAAAACACCGAGGCAGUCUUGCCAUCUGCAAGGAAGGAUGUAGAGGACACAUAUACAGAGAAACAGACAGAGCUUGAGGUUACUUUCGUCUGUAAAGAGCCAGGCUGCGAAGACUUACCAGGAUUCACAAACAAUGGUGACUUAGGCUGGCACAAUUUGGAUCGGCAUGGCGGUGGAAGCCAGUCUCCGAACGCAAAUGCUGCGAUUCCUGUUUGGGCAAACAAUCUUUCAGGCGCUGAAGCUAUGCCAGGAGUUGCUGCGAUAGAUGAGCACCCACGGGGACGCUUCGAUGCUGCUCCCGUUCUUCCGACUGUAUUACCCAUCAAGAAGAACCGCCGGUGUACUGCGCCUGAAAAAGCCACCUAUGAGUGUCGAGUCUGCGGAAAGCUCUUCAAGCGGAGUUAUAACUGGAAAUCACAUAUGGAGACUCACAACCCAGACCGCAAGUAUCCACAUCCGUGCACUGCACAAGUGAACGGUCAGCAGUGCUCAAAGAAAUUUCAGCGGAAAAGCGAUCUAGAGAGGCACUACGACAGUGUGCAUCUAAAGGCGAAGAAUCACUGCUGCAAUCUCUGUGGUAUUCGUUUUGCCCAUAGAGAUACCCUGAGAAGACAUACUGAAGAUGGUUGCCCGAAACGAUUCGGAAUUUGGUUUUCCGAGGACAACAACCUAGAUAGACGCCUCGAUAGUGCUCCGAACCUCAUACCUAGGCCUCAAGAAGAAAGUGGCGAGGAGCCUCUAGGAACUUAUCCAAUCAACGAAACUUCAGAUCAAGGUCCUUUUCAAGCCUCAGCUAUCAGUAACCCUGCAGCCGUCCCUCCGAACCUCAUACCCAAGCCUCGGGAAGAAGAACAUAAAAAUCCUCUAACAACGGAGUCUAUGAAUGAAUUUUUCAAACUUCCUGUCGUCCCUGAAGCAUGGAAUCCAGAAAGCGACCGCCUUCUCCUACAGCUUCGCUCCCAUGGCUACACUUGGCAAUCUAUUGCUUCUGACUACAUUCGUGAUAAGACGCCUUAUGCAUGCCGCAAGCGAUGGGAGAGGCUCAUGGAAAGAUACACACCUGAGCUCGACCCCCUUUAUCGCAGGACACUCCCUGAGCCAACCGAAUCUGUGGAAGCUUAUGCAUCUAGGUCCUGGUAG